AUGGUACAAAGAACCUGUAUCAAAUUUUGUGUGAAAAAUGAAGUUAAGUGCGCGGAUGCAUUCCGAAUGUUGACUGUGGCUUAUGGAGAAGCUACUUGUGACAAAAGCAACAUUUAUCGGUGGUACAAUGUGUUUUCAGAAGGCCGAGAAGAUGUGAACUCCAAAGAACGUGCCGGACGACCGAGCACUUCAACAACAAACGAAAAAAUUGAUGAAGUGAAGAAAUUGCUAUUAGCCAAUUGUCGAAUCAACCUUAGAGAAAUUGCCGAGGACCUAGGCAUUGGCUCGUGCCAUUCGAUUUUAAUCGAUAAUUUGGGCAUGAGACGGAUCACCGCAAAAUUCGUACCAAAAUUGCUCAAUUUCUUCGCGACUUUUUGGCCAAAAACAACACACUAA